UGUGGUGUCUUCCCUGCAGCCCGUUUCACCAGCCGUCUGGUGUUCCAGGUGCCGGCAUCUUCAGUGUGGGCACCCGGCUGUGACAGCUUGCGGCUUCAUAGCUGGGUGCCCACUGCGUAUGCGCAAGUAACGCUGUGCUUCCUGAAUGGCCCCAUAGUCUUCUGGGACCUGUCAUGUAUCCCAGAAGACUAUGGGGAGGACAACUUUCCUUUGUACCCGGCUCCCCAUUAAGCAUUGCCACCUGGGGGUGGAGCAGGUACCCAAAUUUGACAGGUACCCGCUCCCA